AUGGCAGCGUACUACCACGGCGGCGCCGGCACGGACAUCCAUCAGGCCGGCAGCGACGGCCUGCAAACACUGUACCUCAUGAACCCAAGCUACGGCAACGGCAGCUACGGGGACGCCGGGCCCUCCGGGGCCAACAUGAUGCUCCUCAACUCAGCGGUGAGCUCCAUGACCCCGGCGUCCUUCGGCGGCCACCAGGCGUCGCCACCGCCGGGGCAGCACUUCGUCGGCAUCCCUCUCCAGGCGCCCCCCUCGGGCUACAACCUGUGGACCCCGGCCACAACAGGCAUCGCCGACGUCAUGUCGCCGCCGACGCAGCAGGCUCAUGGCGUGAGUGCCGUGCUCAGCCUGUCGUCCCGCGAGACGCCGCCGGUCACGGUGGCCUCCAUCGCCGGCGACGAAGGGAGGUACCACCUUGGGGCGUCGACCGCGGCGUCGCAGGGGCAGGUGGUGAUGAACUCCAAAUACCUCAGGGCGGCGCAGGAGCUGCUCGACGAGGUGGUGAGUGUGAGCAAGGGCGUGGACGACGUGGACACCAAGGCGAAGAGCGCUGCGUCGGUCAAGAAGAAGGAGGAUUCGGAAGGCCUUUCCGGCGGCGGCGGGGAGGAAGGCGCCAGCGGGGCCAAGGGCGGCGCGCCAGCGCCCGAGAUGUCGACGGCGGAGCGGCAGGAGCUGCAGAUGAAGAAAGGCAAACUGGUUAACAUGCUUGACGAGGUGGAGCAGCGGUACCGGCAGUACCACCAGCAGAUGGCGUCGGUGUCGUCGUCGUUCGAGGCAGUGGCCGGCGCCGGGUCGGCGCGGACGUACACGGCGCUGGCGCUGCGCACCAUCUCGCGGCAGUUCCGCUGCCUCCGCGACGCCAUCGCCUCCCAGGUGCGCGCCGCCAGCCGCGCCCUGGGCGAGGACUGCGACGCCGAGGGGCUCGGCGGCGGGCUCGGCGGCGGUCGCGGCGUCGGGUCCCGGCUCCGGUACAUCGACCACCAGCUCCGGCAGCAGCGCGCGCUGCAGCAGCUGGGAAUGAUGCAGAGCAGCGCGUGGCGCCCGCAGCGGGGCCUCCCCGAGCGCUCCGUCUCCAUCCUCCGUGCAUGGCUCUUCGAGCACUUCCUCCACCCAUACCCCAAGGAUUCGGACAAGAUCAUGCUCGCCAAGCAGACCGGCCUCACCAGGAGCCAGGUGUCGAACUGGUUCAUCAACGCGAGGGUGAGGCUGUGGAAGCCGAUGGUGGAGGAGAUGUACCUGGAGGAGACCAAGGAGCAUCAGCAGCAGCAGGACGGCGGCGACGACAAGGGGAGGCCGUCCGGGUCCGGCCCCGCCGGAGGAAAGAGCAGCAGCAACGCUGACGGCGUGGACGACGGCACUCCGAGGUCCAUGGCCAGAGCGGCGGCUGGGGCCGGGACGUCGGAGGGCGGCGGCACCGUCCAGGCGUCCUUGCUCGAGCUCGCCGGAGACCACCAGGCGCACGCGGGGUUCUACGACGAGGAGGGUGAGGAUGGCGGGUUGCGGCGCGGCUUCAAGAAGGCGAGGGCGGCCGGCCUCGAGCAGCAACCGCCGGCGGCGUUCGACUUCGGCGCGUUGCACCACGCGCAGGCGGCCGCGGCGGCCGCGGCCGCCGCAGCGAGGCAGCAGCACGACGAGGUGAGCCACCGGGAGCUGCUCAUGAAGUUCAUGGAGAGCGGCGGCGCGGCGGGCGCGAGGGACCACCACCACCACCAACAGGACGAGGACGGGGCCGGCGGCGGGUACUCCCUGUUCGCGCCGGGGCCGUACGGGCAGUUCGGCGCCGACCAGUCGUUCGCGUUCGCCGGGGCCGGGCAGCACGGCGGCGUCUCGCUCACGCUCGGCCUCCCCCACGGCGCCGGCGACCAGACGGCGUUCCUCAUGGGCGGCGGCAGCAGCAACGGCGCCGACAGCGGCGGCAGCGGCGCCGCCGGCUACGACAUGAACAUGCAGACCACCAAGUCCUUCGCGGCUCAGCUCAUGAGAGACUUCGUGGCAUAG